ACUGGAGUUUCUCGUCAGCCUGUCAGUUAGUGCCGUGGCGCCGUGACGGUACGGUGUUAGUUGGUACGUUGUUCCUUAUCGCGUCGCGUUUCCUCAAUGGGCACCUCGUGGACCCAGUGCGAGAAGAGACGCGGCCGCCCCGAUAGCCAGUGAUAACGCUGAUAUCGUCGCGAUCGAGGUGCCCGCCCCGGUAGCUUUUUGCAUUUUUCUAAAUACACUCAUAUAGCACGUAGGGAUUGUGUGAGCUUAGAGGCUUGUAAAUAGCGUCCCGCCGAGAGAAGUGUACACGUGUGAAAAAAAAAUUCUUUUCUUACACAUUUGUAUUAAGUGAGGAACACAUACGGGGGGAGGUGGGAUCUACAGAGAACUACGGAGUUGUGAUCGAUGAUUUAUUUGGUGCUCUUUGGUGUGUGCGCGUACGGUCGCCGAUAGUAGAGCAUCCGAGCGGAUAUACGGGAUACAUUAACGCACAAGGUGAGUCAACUGGGAUGAUUACGUGCACGUAACGGAACCGGCAGCUAUCCGAAGAGCGGUUAUGAGAGUUCGAUGACCACGGGCCCGCGGACCAUCGACGCUACCAUGGACUACCUGCAGACGUGCCUCAUCUUUUACAUGCUGAUCCUCUGCUUCUGCGGUGGACGUUCCAUAGACAUAUCACAAUGCAUCGCACCCCUGGGGAUGGAAUCGGGCGCGAUUCCCGACGCGGACAUCACUGCGAGUUCCAGCUUCGAUAGCGGAAACGUCGGGCCGCAUCGCGCACGGCUGAAGCAGGAGAGCCACGGUGGUGCCUGGUGUCCGAAGCAGCAGAUCACGGCGGAGCCGCGCGAGUGGCUGGAAAUCGAUCUUCACACGGUGCACACGAUCACGGCGACCGGCACUCAGGGCCGCUUCGGUAACGGCCAGGGUGUCGAGUACUCGGAGGCGUACAUGAUCGAGUACUGGAGGCCAAAGCUGGGAAAGUGGGUCCGCUACCGGAACUUCGUCGGCGAGGAGGUUAUCGCAGGGAACAAGAAUACCUACCUGGAGUCGAAGCACGAACUGGAGCCAUCAAUAUGGGCGAGCAAAAUUCGUUUCCUCCCCUACAGCUACCACCGUCGCACCGUUUGCAUGCGCGUCGAGCUCUACGGCUGCCCCUGGAACGACGGCAUCGUAUCCUACUCGAUGCCCCAAGGUGACAAGCGCAACAAUUGGGAAUUCUUCGACGCGACUUACGACGGUUAUUGGGACGGACAACUUCUUCGCGGUUUGGGGCAACUGACAGACGGCAAGAUCGGACCGGACUACAUUAAGAUGAGUUACUAUGACAACUACGACAGAAAUCAGGGAUGGGUCGGCUGGAAGAACGACACGAGAUCCGGGCAACCCCUCGAUAUCAAAUUCGAAUUUGACCACGUCAGAGAAUUCUCGGCCGUUCACAUCUACUGCAACAAUCAAUUUACCAAGGACAUACAGAUAUUCUCCGAGGUCAGCAUCAUGUUCAGCAUUGGUGGCAGGUACUACACGGGUGAUCCCAUCGUGUAUACCUACAUGGAGGACAAAAUCUUCGAGCAACCGAGGAAUAUCUCGAUUAAGCUGCACCACCGAAUCGGCAAGUUCGUCAAAUUGAGAUUCAGCUUUGCCUCGCGAUGGAUUAUGAUCAGCGAAGUCACCUUUGACUCCGACAUCGCUCACGGUAACUUCACCCCAGAAACGCCACCCACGACCGAAGCUCCGCGAUUGCGGGACAGAACUUUGACUCGCGACAAUCCGCUGCAAGCCGAAGUUCCGGUAGCUAAGCAGGACGAUCCGACUUACAUGGCUGUGAUCAUUGGCGUCUUGACCGUCGUAAUCCUGCUGCUGGCGGUCGCCAUAUUCCUAAUAGUCACGCGUCACAGACAGCGGAAGAACUUUGCCAGUCCUCUGGGCGCCAAGAGCGCGAUUCCGACGGGCAAUCAUCAACAUCUGUCGCCGGAAUCCGCGUACGGCACCACGGAGAAGGAUCCCUCCUUGAUGACCUACCGGGUCGAGGAACUCGACGACCGGUACGCCGGCACGAAGCUCACGACCCUACCGCGAGAUCUCAAUGAUCGUCUUUUGGGCGACGUCAGGCUUGACGAGUACCAGGAACCCUUCCACGAGAACAAGUAUCGGGAAUCUCCUCAUGCGGCGUACUAUGGAUACAGCACGGUUGUUGUAGACAACAAGGACCUCCACGACAACGUCGAACAGUCUGAUGCCACGUACGAUUAUGCAGUACCAAUGCCCGUGCCUAGUGUAAGCAGCGAUCAGGAUAGCGUAUUCUCGAAGUCGUCCUCCAGGGGUAGCGCAAAGGCGUGCUUGCAGAGCUUUUUUCCGCCGCCUCCGCCCCCGAUGAGCGCACCACCUCUUCGAGGCUCCAACAACUUGACGUACUCGAAUCCACCGAGUCCGGAACCAGUUUGCGAGCGUGAGCGCAGAAGUAGUAAGCGCCGCGAGCACUCCUUGCACAGAUACGCAUAAGGACUCCUCGCAGCCUGCAGGAUAUUCACGAAAGGCAAAAGGAUCGAAGGUAUGAUGGAUUCCUCGUUACUGCGAGCAACGAGAUCGCGUGAUCGAGUGAACCCUCCGGCACCGGUCCAUCUUCCAAGAAUUCUGUUCCACUUCACAUUCCGACAAGUGCAAUUAAAUUAAAACUUUUACAGCAUUACCGCUAAAUUGGAAAGUCACACAUUUAAAUAAUAUUAGUCUUGCUUUAUUAUGUCCAGUGACGUUGGUAAAGGACACGCUUUCCAUUGAUCCAAUUUCCAUUUCCAGUUUCACCAGUUCUCGUUUUAUCGCGCUUUUACCUAAUAAUUAUUCAUAAGCAACUGCUAUUAUCAACCUCGUGAUCAAAUUAAACUGUCGUCCCUUGUACGACGUGUCUCUGCUUUUUCCAAGGAAAUAUUUAUAGAAUUGAAUUAUUCACACGCGUAUACGCGAGAGCCCCCUGAGUUUUGCAAUGCUGUUCUACACGCUUUACGCGCGUUUUACAAUAUUUAUACGCGUCGGAAGGAGGGAACGCGGGCGUGGAGCCAAUGUAAAAUAGCUCCGGUGCCGGUGAGGGCGAUGCUGAGAGAACACGCGCGUUGUUAAUCCCGAGGUAAAGGCCGGUGGCAAAAGUAACACGUUGUAUAUUUCGAAGUAAAUGUUGUGAGCGACCGCGCGGCGAAAGGGGUCGUAAUCCUGCUUGUUACAACGACGAUAUUUUUUUCCCCUACCCUCGAAGUUUAUAGCGCAUCGUGUGAGAGAGAGAGAGAGAGAGAAAGAUAUAAAAAGAAAACGACGCGAUCGCGGCGCGGUCGCGCGUCAGUCGCGAGACAGACCCUCUUCUCGACGAGCACUGCCAUCGACGAAUUACGAAUUUUCGUAGCAUUAUUGUACGUAGGCGGAAUCUCGGGCGCGAGAUCUCUCAAAGAGAUUCGGGACCUACAGAUUCCUACGGACAAGUAUAAUCUCGUAAUCGUAAAGUUGUAUUAAAUUGGCAUAUCAGUUUCUCGUAAUGGUUAAGGUGACCUCGUGGAUGAAAACGACCUCUUCCCGAGAUUCGCCCGCGAGAUCCCCACUUUCGGUGGACUCCGUAUAAAAAUCGCAGUUGUAUAUCUUGAGCUUUUCAAAUUAUUUGGAGUCAAGUAGCAGCAUCUGUGACUUCUAGCGUUUCAUACAUACAUACAUACAUACAUACACACAAAAACACACUGCCGAGUCUCCUCCGCACUCGCGAAGUGGAAUUUCGCGAACGAGAUGUUGAGCUCGUGACAUUGCGAAACGCCACUUCCGCCGGUGUCAAUCUCUCCGAAUGGCACAGGCAAACGAUGUGUGACCGUUACGAAGGGGGAAACGCACACGUGCAGACGCGCGCGGACGAAUUUCCAAGGAAGAGUCGCGUUAAUGAUUUGGUCUGUUCGGCGCGCAUGUGCAACUAGAUCGAGCUCGCUAUCGAUCCAGGAGGAACGCGCGGCGCGGCCAGGGGGGAAGGAAAAAAAAAAGAAACGACCGGGGCGGAUGAGAUAUUUAUCCGAUGGCGCGAUCGUUACGUUGGGUCGAAGAGAUAAUUAAUUACCGGCUUGAUGGAAUAAGCGGGCGUUUCAAUUAUUCGCACGCACGAACGUACGUCAGGCGACGCGACGCGACGCGACGCUUGACAUCGGGGAAGAGGAAAAAAGCCGCGACGAGAUCGGCGUAACGAUAUUUAAAAGAGCGAAAACGAUAGCGAGCUCCGAUCCCGCCUCACACAAGACUGACGUCAUAUAAAUAAUUCAGUAACCCGACUUGCGCCGAUGCACGCGCACGUCGAAUUAUUUAUUGCUCCGUGACGAAUCUUUUAUUUAUAUAUACAUAUAUAUAUACAUAUGUGAGAAAAAAUAAAAAAUAUAUAUAGAUAUAUAAAUAUAUAUAUAUAUAUAAAAAAGGUAAUACGUAUGACGACGAAUUUUAAGCGUAUAAUAGAUUGUAUAAGCCCAACUUUAUUUCUCUAUCUCUACCGACAUCGCCUUCAUGCAACGAGGAGAAUCGAGAAUUACCAGCGUUAAGGAACCGACAAUACAGGGAUGAGACAACAAUAAUAACUACAUGUGUGUACGUAAUUGAACAAAAA